CUGUAGGAAUAAAUAUAUUAAGUAUUUUUUUUUUAAUGGUCCCAAACGGGGUUGCCGUUGAACUUUGGAUGGCCUUUUGUAAAUUAGGGCAAACUUUAUCGUGCACCAGGGAGAACACACGGCCGCCAUUGUUCAGGGGUUUCACGGAAGAGGGUCGAGGGAGAACCCAAGUCCCCGGUUCCUCUCUCUCGUACUUCCUCUUUAAUCGAAAAAUUUUUUUUUUCCUGAUUUUCGACUGGAAAUUGAAAGAGAGGUCGAGGGAGAUUUAGAGUGGGUUUUAUCGCCGUCGUUAUUUAUGCCGGUGAUGGCUUUGUUGGCGCCGUCUACAUCUUCAUCUUCUCGUUGAAUCACACCACUCCAUAAUCUGGAAAUCAUUCUCUCUAUUUAUUCCCCUGAUUCUUGUGGAAUUGCUGUGAGCAUUUGGUGUCCUGUCAUUGAAGUGGAUUUGGCUAGUCGGAUCUCAGCUCAUUGUUGAUCUAAAUACCGUUUAAAGGUUGAAGAGUAUCUAGGCACCAUGAAAAGAGCAAUGCCAUGGAGUGAUGAGGAAGAUGAUUCAUCAUCUAGUGAAUCUUCAUCUCUCGAUAUGGACACGAAAUCUGAUGAUGGAUUAGGCAAGAAAAAGGCAAGGGAUGGCACUAAAGCUGGUCAACCUUCUAAAGAAAAAACAUCUGCAGUCAGGCCUGCAAAACAAAAGAGUGGGCGUGUUGGUUUUGAAGCUUUGACUCGACAUGGCUAUAAAGGUGGACUCUCAGUCUUGAGUGUUCCCUUGCCAAAAGAGGUGGCCGACAAGAAGCAAGACUGGUCGUGGUCAACCGGGAAGGAAAGUGGUGCAGCAUCGAAGGAGAUUGAAGAAUCUUACGAAGAGCGCCAGAAAACCCGAGCGGCCAUAGUUGAGGGAGAGCAGCUGACAAAUGUGCUGACACGGAAAGAGAAGAAUCUUUCUUUUGCACAAAAGGAAAAGAGGAAGAGAGACCUUGGUCAAGCUAGCAGGGGGAAGAAUUAUGUUGAAGAAGAAAAGAGAUUGUUAAGGGAGAGUGGUGUCUAUUCUGGUUUUGAUUCUUGAUGUAUCAUUCCUCUCCACCAACUGUAAAUUCCUUAGUACUGUUGCAACGGUGUGUAAGCUAAUUCUGCAGGACUUUUGUUGCAUUAAAACGAUUUGACUUUUUCCUA